AUGAAAAAUGCAUAUUGUCUGUUCUACCUCUGCAACUUCCUCAUCGAGGGAAGGAAUAAGAGAAAAACAUUUUACCAUUUGAAAAUAAGAAAGGUAAACCAUGCACAAAAAAACAGGAUUUAUGAAGGAGAUAACAAUUAUAGCUAUUUAGAUCAAAGCAGAAAUUCAGAAUAUGAAGAAAUUCUGAACGAAAUAAUUCAUGAAUACGAAAAAGAGGAGAAAAAAAAUGAUAAAAUAAGUCAAGAGGAAACACAAAAAAGUGGCCACAAUAGGGAAAAUAACAAGUCGACACAUUACAAUGUACAAGGGAAUAAGGAAAACAUUUGUAGUACCAUCGACAAGGAAAAGAAGACACAAAAUAAUACACACAAAUCAACAAAUCAAGAUGAAAUUAAAAGAAUUGAAAAUUUUAAGGAAAAAAAUUUCUUAAAUUUAUGCAAUAUAAAUUAUGAUGUAUUAAGCAUAUUGCUUAAAAAAGAAUUAGAGGAUUUUCAAAAGGAAGAAGAAUAUGAAAAUAAUCAAUACAACAAAAUCAGCCUAUUUCUUGAAACACAGGUAGGGAAGCACGGAAAGGGGACAAAUAACUUAUACAUCGACGACAAUGUUGGCAGGUACUUAAUCAAAAUGGACAAUAAAUUUAUCAAUUCCAUUUCUCAAAAGGAAUUACAUGUCUUACGAAACAGAAUGUACAAACAAAUAAUACACUUAAAAUAUCAGUACUUGAAGAGCUACAAAAAUGCAAUUCAUAAUUUAAAGCAAGUAAGGGAAAAAAGAACUCAGCAAAUAAACAAGUACGUUUCUGUAGUCUACGAAGAGGAUGACAAGCAAGACGAUGAGAGCAGAGGUGACUAUAGUGAUGAGGGCCGAGGUGACCAUAAUGAUGAGGGCCGAGGUGACCAUAAUGAUGAGGACCGAGGUGACCAUAAUGAUGAGGGCACAGGUGACCAUAAUGAUGAGGGAAGAGGAAAUGUUAGGGACUCCUUUAAGUACAACGCUGCGCAUGGAGAAAGGCGGAUCGAUGGAGAACAGACAUCUAGAAGCAUAGCCAAAGAAUUUCCCCCAAGUAGUGAUAAAUCAAACUGUAGAAGCAAAAAUGAUCUGAACAAAUCUACCACUUUUCAGAUGAAUAAUUUAGGUAGAGACAAGAAUUCCAAUGUUAGCUACUUAAAACAAUACAGCGAUAAUUCAGAAAAUCUUGAACAGAUAGAUAAAGAACUUUCGAUAGAAAAUAUUAAAGAAAUAAUGGAUGUUGAUGAAAGACUUUCCAAAUUACAAAAAAAUUUUGAUGACUUAAAAAGUUUUAACAUAUUUCACAUUCUCAAUCGAAAUAACUUCCUAAAUAAUUUAAGAAUUCAUAAUUUUUAUUUUCAUAACUAUGAUUGUCCUUUACUUUUCAAAUCUAUGAAAUCGUUUGUUAAGAAAAUCCAGAAGGGAUGUUCAAGUGGUCACACUAUCCACAGUUGUGAUGACACCCCUAACGAUGACACUGAUAGAACGAAUAAUAACGGGGCAGAGAAGGAAAAGUAUGAGAGCGAAAAGCAUGAGAGGGAAAAGCAUGAGAGGGAAAAGCAUGAAGCUGAUGAGCUUGAGAAGGCACAAACCUUCGCGAGCAACAACUGUGCAUAUAUGUGCGUUCCAAAAAUAAGAGAUCUCAGUUUCCUGAAGCAUGAAAACAAGUCCAUCGUCAUUAACUUGUCAAGCAAAGAGGACAAGGAAAAGGAGCAUCUCCCCCCUGUGAAUGAGCUAAACAUCGAGACAGACAAAGGCAUACUAGUCCUAAGUGCGAACGGGAAACACCUGGAUGUGAAUGUGAGAAAUAUUUGCGAUAAAAUUUCGUACCUAACACAGAGUUUAUCCAUAUGUCCACAAUUGGACUAUCAACAUGAGGGGAAUGACUUAAGAAAUAUACAAAUUAUGAAGAGGAUACUCAUGUUGGUGUUGUUUUAUUUCAAUAUAAAAAACAUGUUCGUCAUAUGCUUAGAUAACGUCAGCGCAAAAUUCUUUUACAAUUUUCUGAACAGUCAGGAGGAUAAUUUAUUUAAAAAUUUGUACACAACAGAAAAAGAAAAAAAAAACGAUAAAGACGAGUAUUUAUAUGUGAAUUUAAACGAUGUGAAAUUUUCACACAUAUUAAACAAGAAAUUUGUACCCUUAUAUAAUGUAAAAAACAUUUUCAAGAAUUAUGUCUUUCUUAUGAACAAGGAAGACAAUUUUUACAAUAUCAGUACUUUCAAAAGAUCUUGCUUGUUCAUGUUUUUAGAUGAACAAAUGAAUAAACAAAAUCAUGUAAUUUCUUCAUCCGUUCAACAUUUUUUCUACUACAAAAAAUUUGAUUACCCAUUUAUAUACAAUAUUGAUAAAAAAUUCUCCUUAAACACAUUAAGGAAUUUUAACGAAAUUUUACUGUACCUUACUAGUUGGAUAGACAUAUUUCACACAGGGGAAAAUGAAACCAAUGAUGUAAAGGAGGAUGAACAUGAACAGGUAGGAGGGGAUGACGUACCAAGUUCAGAUUUAGAAUAUGAGGAAAAAAAGAUAGAAAAGGACCAAGAGGAGGAGGAAUUUAUUCAAAACAUGAAAAACAAACAAGAAGAUGAAAAUGAUGAUUAUCCUUACGAAAAAGACGAAAGAGAGUGCGAUGGGGAAUACGGAUCAUAUACAUAUGACCAUAAAAAGAAUGAUCAUAAUAUGGAUGAAUUAGAACGGUAG